UUACAGAGUUGGCCCAGUAAAAACUCCCAGCCACACAUGUCAGAAAAGUUGUUUGCAAAGGCCAAGUGAAGAUCCUCCGAGCUGCUCUCCUCACCAGGCUGUGCAACAGCUCUCAAAUCACUUCUGAAGCCAACAGAAGGCAGAAAGAUGAAUCCGUUGCUCUUUGCUGCCAUCCUGUGGGCACUCUCAUACACGACGGUAUCCAGUGCAACAGAGCUGCUUCAUCUCAAUGAGGUUUCCUUUGAGGAUACAAUGACUCCGAGAAACAGUAGUGACCUCGGUUUACCUCAUUCCCGGAGGAAACGUUAUAUCUCCAGCAGAGACAUGAGAGCUUUACUGGAUUAUCACAACCGUGUGCGGUCACAGGUCUUCCCACACGCAUCCAACAUGGAAUAUAUGGUGUGGGAUGAAAGAUUGGCUAAAUCUGCAGAGUCUUGGUCCUCACAGUGCAUAUGGGAUCAUGGUCCACCUCAUGUUUUGCGACACACAGGACAGAACUUGUCCGUUAUUUCUGGAAGAUACAGGUCAAUCAUAGACCUUGUAAAAUCCUGGUAUGAUGAAAGACACUCUUUCUCCUAUCCAAACAGAUGUACUGGCUUUGUCUGUUCACACUACACUCAGAUGGUGUGGGCCACCAGUAAUAAGAUUGGGUGUGCUAUCAACAGGUGUUCAAACAUGUAUGUGUUUGGGAGCACAUGGAAACAAGCCACCAUACUGGUCUGCAACUAUUCUAUCAAGGGAAACUGGGUCGGAGAGGCUCCAUAUAAGACAGGAAAACCAUGCUCUGCCUGUCCUUCCAGCUAUAGAGGAUCAUGCAAUAAAAACCAGUGUGAUUGCAGAUCAAGAUCUAGAAAAGGUCCAAAUGGUUUUAGAGACUUCUAAAAUAAACACAAUACAGAACAUGCACAUUUUUAAAAAAAUAUUAAAUAUCAAAACAUCAAAAGGAGCCGAAAGGAGCGAAUUUUUUUUAUUUAAAAUGUGAUGCAGUAAACCACCAAGACAUCAUUUAUAUGGGGCAUUUUUUAAUUAUCAAAUUAAUUAUUCUUUGUUUUUAAAUAUUUCACAGCACUAUACUGUGCACAAAUGGUCCCCGGUUGUCACUGGGGCGGUACUCUUUCUAAAAGUAGAGGUAUUGGUACCAAACAUAUACAUUAUUGAUACAGUCUCAGUGCAUCUCUAAAUUCAAUAUUGAGUCAACUGUUGUUAUCACCACAUCAAUUUUGUUACUUUUUUUUGUAUUUUUAUAUCUUUGAUUUUAUAUUUUAGUUGUUUCCUGUUUUCUUUAAGACUACGUUCUGUUUG